ACUAAGCUAAAUGUUUGUUAAUACACAACUUUAUUGACCUCGGUCAACGUGGCAGUGUCGCAUCCCCGUUACUUACAAAUAGAUCGACGUUCAGCGUGAGAGCCUUUAUUAUGAGGUGUUUUGUGUGAUCUCUUUUCAUUCAUUUGGCCAAAUGUCCAAUGUUUCUACUGCUCACCGCUUCUUUAGAUUAGAUUCGACUGUCAUCUCAGAGAUGGAGAUCCUCUGAUCUAAAGCUCUAGUUAUGGAUUGAUGGACCUUUUAUCUUAUGGUUUAUAAAUCAUGAAUACAAAUUAAAAACAUUUACAUUUGUUCUCAGAAUCCAGUAUUACAAGACAAAAACUUGGUAAUAUCCAUUCACCAACUUCACCAUGAUGUUACAGAACCAAUGUUGCUACAGGAGACAAGAUGACUAAUAGCAUGAAUACUACGUGUUGCAGCAGAUGAUGACCUAUAUUGUGGCUCCUAUGUGUAUCCCAGUUCCAGCAUGCACUCAGACGGGGACAGUGGGCUGGGAGGCCUGGAGGCCCAGCUGGCCAGUAAAGAGAAGGAGUGGAAGGAGCUCUUGGCUGCAAGGGAUCAUCAGCUAGAGAGUUCCCUCAAUAAGGCCCAGGAGGAGUGUUUCUCCCAGAGAGAACGUUACCAGAAACUCAGGGAAGAUUUCGAGUUCAACCUGGCCAUCCUGGAUGAACGAGACAGAGAGCUGGAGAGAUCCGACGUCCUGAUGGCCAGAGCUCUGACUGUGGAGCAUGACAGGCAGCGGGAGCUGAACCGGCUCCGUGUGCAGGUCUCUGAGCUGGAGAAGCAGAGAGCCACAGAGACUGAGGAGAGGCAGGAGCAGCUCAGUAGAAGUCGUCUGCAGCUGGACGAGCUCAAGCGCUCUAAGGCUGGUGAAAUUCAAAAGCAAACUGAGGAGUAUGAAAGGAUGAAAUGGGAUUUGCGGUGCAGAAUACAAGAGGUGGAAGGAGAGCUGACCCUACAGAGACAGGAGAUGACAGCAGCUUCUGACUGUGAACUCAGAGAGCGGGAACAUGAGUUCAACUUGAAAAUGGAUGAGAUGCGCACUGUGGUGCUGUCUUGUCAACUAAAGGUGAAGCUGCUGUCUAAAGAGACUGAAGUUCACCUCCAGGCUCAGCAUCAGUCCACAGAGGCUGUCAAAGCUUCUAAGGAGUUCUGUCAGCAGAUACAAACCCAGCUGUAUCACAAAGACCAGGAGAUCAAAGACCUCACCGCUGUCAAGGACCACAAGAUAAAAGAGCUUGAGGACAAGCUGAAAUGGAUGGAGACUAAAUUGAAGAAAGAGGAAGAAGACCACAUCAAGAAAUCUGAGGAGGCGGUCCAGGCCCUGAAUGAGUGUGGUGCUCAGCUAGAGGCUCAGCGUCAGGCCCACACAGAGCGGCUGCAGAAGGCUGAGGAACACAUUGUCAAACUACAGGGUGAAGUAGAAGUUCUGGCUGCACAGCUACGCUGCAGACAGAAGGAGCAACAGGAGGCCAUGCAACAGAAAGACGAGACAAUCCAGAGGCUCCGCACAGAGGUGGAAGCAACCCAGACUGGCUGGGACAAGUACAUCAGUCAGUUCUCCAGUGAGAUGGUUGUCAAGGAUACAGAGAUCAUCACCCUGCACGAGAGAGAAACUAAAUUUAAUACUGAGCGGGAGAGGAGCAGGGAGGAGCUGGAGAGGUACAAGCAGCAGCUGAGUGAUGGUUUGAAGAGAGAGAGGGCCUUAGAGCAGAUGCAAGUCCAGGUUGAGCUGGAGUGGCAGAGACGCUGUGAGGACAUGAAGGCCCGACACUACCUCGCCAAUGAGCAGCUGAUACAAGACCUGACCCAGGCUAGAGACCAGGCUAAAGCAGAGCUGAAGGAGAAAGAACAAGACCUGCAGGAUUUGACUGUGUUACUACGUUCUGUAAAAACAGAGAGAGACCAGGCAGUACAGGGUCUCACACCAAAGGUAGAUUAUCUGGCAUCAGAGGAGAUUUAUUGUCUACAGCAGCAGAACAGCGUCCUGCGGGCCGUGGUUACUGAGAUGAGGAAGGACACGGAGGCUCUCAUCCAUCACCUACCCCAUCCUCAGGCCCAGCCACAGGCCUCCUCUCCUCAGCCAGUUCAGCAUCCAGGAGCCCCUGCCGCCGCCGCCACCUCCAUCCCUCCUACAGCUAACACUCAGAUGGCACAAGGACCACCGGACCAAUCCGCUAACAUCUCCUUCAAAGUCAGCCCAGCAGACUACACUCUGGAGCAGGUGUCCCUACUAAAGGCUCGAUGCAGGCAUCUCGAGGGGCAGCUAGAAGGCGCUACGAGGAUGCCCAGCCUGGCCCUAGCCACAGACAAACCUACGGAACAUCUGGCAUCCUUACUUCCAGACAACACACAUCUGCAGAACCAGGGACCUAAAGAAGGCGGUCGGUGCUCGGAGAAAAGUGCCAACACCUCUGCUUUGGCAAAGCAGGAGGUCAGAGUGGAACAUACGGAGUCUGCUCUGGCCAACCUCAUGGAACAGAGUGCAUUGCUGCGACCGCUUCAGGAGGAGAACCUGUAUUUGCGACGGCAGCAGGCCUCAGAUCUGAUGUCUGGUGGUUUGUUAGAAAAUGUGCAGGGUGCUAGAAGCGACCCUCCUCUCCUGCGUACCAGGCUUAAGCGGGCAGCGUCCUGUAUCGCCCGUCUGAGCAGAGAGAAACAGCAGCUGAUAGAGAUGGGGAACCGCCUCCGAGCCCAGAUCACCACUGCUGGACCACAGGAACCUGUGGAGCCAGAGAGGCACUCCUCCACAGAGAAACAAGGAGAGCAGCAUGACCGGCUGUUUGCUUUGGAACAGCUCCAGUACAAGCUCACCACACAGGAGCUGCAGUACGCACUGAGGCAGAGAGCUGGCACUUUGGCUGAACGACUACCUGGAACCAACAACACAGGUCCUCCCACAGGAGGGGCUGCCAACCCUUGGUCCCAGGGGCACAAAACCACAGACAGCCCUGAGAAAACAGAGAACACGCUCAGGCAGUCACAGAGCUCGAUGGACGUGUUACUGCAGACCCACUCAGGUCUAUCCAGGUCUCAGUUGUCAUCAGAAGAGUCACUGCGCUCCUUAAAAGAGCUGUGGGAGAGACUGGACCAUGGACUCAGUCCAUCUAUUUUCUCAGAAGGUGAGGUUGAGCUGAGCAGGAAGGAGGUGGCCCAGUCUGGUGAUGCUGCAGUCCAGAUGACGGUGCACGAUAGCUGUGCUCCCAUCCAUGGCCAGCCCCAAGUCGAGGUCCAGCAGAGGAGGUGCCCUUCUAAAACUCCAUCAGACACUACCAAGACCAGCAGACCUGGAUCCACUGGCAGGACCUGCAAGAUCAGAAACUACAAUGUUAAAGACUGACACACACAUAUUGGACACUCUGUCAGUGUGCUGGUUAUGGAGAGUCCUCUUCAGCUUGUGAGAACACUGACAUGUCUAUGAAAAUAACCCCCGAUCAGAGACAGAUUCAUAACAGAAAGCCUGCAUCACAAACGAGGGAGUUUGAAAGGGAGGGUUUUAAUGAGAAGAAGGAUUUUAAAAUUUGUAUUUAAUUGUAGCUUCAUCAAAAUAAUCCUGGUAGCAUGAGUACAAACAUGUGUAAAAGCACUCCAAAUCCAGAACGGCUUCAAACAUCAAAACACAUGAUUCUUCAAUGCAUUUCAGAAUAAAACGUAUGGUAAGAACAUGCUUUUAUAUUCUGCUGCUCCUUCCAACAUCAGAACUCACACAAUUAGGGACCACGUUUUCUUAAAAACGGUUCCAAGAUUUGUUAGUCAAAUUGUCUAUUAAUUGAUUUAACUGCUACAAAAGAAAAUGUGACAGUGACCCACCAGGGAAAAGGGUUAGGCCCCCAAAAGUAGAAUCAAGUUGUGAAGUUGGUGCUCCCUGGUGGUUUCGUGGUUAAAGCACCGACCAAGAACUCCCCUGGGACUUUUGUUGUAUGUCAUCCCCCAUCACUAUCUCUUCUCACAUUUGCUGUCAUUUCUCUUCUUUCAACUCUUCAAUAAAAACAUAAAAUAGCAUAGAAAUCCUUUGAAAUAAAACCACAAAGUGAUGAGCACCAUGACACUAAGAUGAACAGAAACUCAACAUUGUUAAAGACUCCCACCAUACUGAAAUGAUGCUGCAGAGCUCAAUCCUCUGUUAUAUUGCACAUAGGCUAUGAAAUGCAUCUCUAUUAAACAUGUGCCAUGCAGCGGAUUUCUAUGAAAUAAAAUAAUUUCUAUGUGCUAUCAAACUCAAAACUAUAUCUAUAAAACACGUGUUUUAAUUGGUAUGCAUUAAUGUGCCUGUCCAUAAAAAAAGAAGAAGCCGUCUGUCUGUUUCACUAUUGAUCGAGGUCAUUCUCUUAAAGCUUAUCACUGUUGCACAGUAGGUCAGUAGAAAAAAGAGCUACCCUGAGAACAUCAUGCUAUCGGAAAUGAUGAACGCCAGUAACCCCAAGAAGUCAGACGAGCUUUCCUGGCUACGUCAUAGCUUAGGUCCCGCCUUUUAAUCACCCUAUCUCUGAACAGCACCCUCCCCUCUGCUGCUAUUGGACGAAGCUUCACACCCACGCUUUGUGAUUGGCCUUUUUGCAUGUCAUCCAGAAUGCUUUGGUGUGUGUACCCAGUGUGCCGAAGCCGGU